GCUUGGGUGCAGCGAACCACCACCAUACUGAACAAAGCACAACCUUGAAGAGCCUUAAUCUCCUUUGAUCCGCCGGUCCGCGUUCACUGGUGGCUCUUCGUCUCGCAGCUCGAAACAACUUUUAUCCCACCUGACCAACCGACAGCAACCAUGGGCGUCUCUCGCGACAGCAAGGAGGCCUGGUUCGUUCGCCUCAACGAGUACCUGGAGAAGUACCCCUCCAUCUUCAUCGUCAAUGUCGACAACGUCGGAUCGUCCCAAAUGUCUCAGAUUCGCCAGUCUCUGCGUGGAAAGGCGACUGUGCUGAUGGGCAAGAACACUAUGGUUCGCAGAGCUCUGCGUCUCAUCGUCAGCGAGCGUCCCGAGCUCGAGAAGCUUGCUCCCCACGUCAAGGGAAACAUUGGUUUCGUCUUCACCUCUGGAGAUCUCAAGGAUGUUCGUACCUCCAUCCUGGCCAACCGUGUGGCUGCUCCUGCACGUGCUGGUGCCUACGCACCCGCCGAUGUCUUCGUCCCUGCCGGCAACACUGGUAUGGAACCAGGCAAGACCUCUUUCUUCCAGGCUCUUGGUAUCCCUACCAAGAUUGCUCGUGGUACCAUCGAAAUCGUGUCUGACGUGAAGGUCGUCGAGGGUGGAACACGUGUUGGCUCUUCCGAGGCCACCCUGCUCAACAUGCUCAACAUCUCUCCCUUCACCUACGGAAUGACGGUUGUGCAGAUCUACGACAACGGAGCCAUUUUCGACUCGAGUGUUCUGGACGUUGAGGAGAAGACGCUCACCGACAGGUUUGCCCAGGGUAUCACUCAGAUCGCAGCCAUCUCUUUGGCUCUGAACUACCCCACCAUCGUGUCGGUCAGCCACUCCCUGGUCAACGCGUACAAGAACCUGCUCGCCGUGUCGCUUGCAACUGACUACGAGUUUGAGGGAUCUGCCCAGGCCAAGGCCUACCUCGCCGACCCCUCGGCGUUUGCCGCUGCUGCCCCAGCAGCUGCUGCCGCGGAGGCUGCUCCUGCCGCCGCUGAGGCCGCGCCUGCCAAGGAGGAGGAGAAGGAGGAAUCUGAUGACGACAUGGGCUUCGGUCUCUUUGACGUGAGUUUGGACCCGUGACUUCUGCAGACAAGCUCUGCGCAGCUCUUCUUGCUCGGCGGCAGGAUCGCACAGCCUCCAUACAGUAUCAGCAUCUGACACCUUUAUCAUCCCAUCACCUUCGCAGUAAAUGCAAACUCAAGUCUUGACGCAAUAGACGUUCUCGAACGCUCUGCGCAAUCUAGAGCC